AUGGUGACUUCGCCAUCAGACACAUUAACCGCGCCCUCCGUCGAAUCACAAGGUGAAGGCUUGAAAAUGGCGAGUGCCUACUUUGAACUAGCUAGGCAAAGCCUUGGCAUGUUGGAUCAGAGUCUCCUAGCUGCUCAGUGCCACUUCUUCGCUGGAGUAUACCACAUCUUCACUCUCGCUCCUCUACGCGCCUGGUCCCAAUUUGAGCAUGCUGCCAGUACCUUCUAUAUUUACUGGAAAUAUCUGUCGCGUGAAGAGGCGCAGCCGACGCGACUAGCUCGAAGCUUUUACUGGAGCUGUCUCAAAUCCCAAGUCGAGCUUGGUCUCGAUCUGCAACUUCCUCAAAGUGUUCUGAAGGAUUUAAAUGAUGCUGGGUCCGAGCUACCUACUCCUCCUGAGAUAAACGCCAGUCAUCCUCGACAUGCCAUAUUUCCACCACCAGGGGAAGCCUUAGCCGAAGACCUUGGUAGUGUGCAGGAGGAGAGUUGGUACUAUUACCUUACUGAGAUAACACAGAAGGUUUAA